CGUUUAAACCCGCAUGUCAAAGUUUACACUUUGAUGACGCAGCAGCAGCAUGUGGAUGACCUAAAGGUGUGUGCGGGAUGCGCCGAUGCUCCCGCAGCCAUAUAAAUCCAUAUUUCACAGGCUGGCUGUAUGGAUUGACACGUUAAAACCAUGGGAGAUCUGGAGUGUGGUUUUGAGGAGAUGCAAGGAGUCCGACUGGGAUACUUGCUCAUCCGAGGCAAACAGAUGUUUGCUUUGUCUCAGGUCUUCACUGAGCUGCUGAAGAACAUUCCUCGGACCACCGUGCACAAGCGAAUGGACCACCUGAAUGUGAAGAAACACCACUGCGACCUGGAGGAGCUGCGAAAGCUCAAAGCCAUCAACUCAGUCGCUUUCCACGCAGCCAAGUGCACGCUCAUAUCGCGGGAGGACGUGGAGGCGUUGUACUUCUCCUGCAAGACCGAGCGCGUGUUCAAGUCCAGUAGAAGGAAAGCCAAGCCGGUGUGUGACGAGGAAGACGAUGAAGAUGAGUCCACGGGGCUCCUCCACGCAGAAGCGGAGCUAUGGAAGGAGAAAGUUUGGCUCAGUUUCCACGGCGUUCCCGACACGCUGACACUUCACAGGAAGAAAGUGACUACCGGCCUCAGCGGCUCCAAACUACCUCAGUUUUACCACAAAACCCACGCACGAGAUUACCGCUCGAUGACCAAGUUCGGUCAGAGACACUUUAAAAACUAUGAAACAGCAAAAAGUCCAAGGGAUUACUUGACGGUGGGACACACGCAGGCGUUUGUGCGCGGCGCGGCGAGCCGGCAGCCGCUGCUGCUCCAGUCCGCCAUGACGGCUCAGUCCAGGCUCGCGCGCUCCGACCUGUUUCACAAGAGGAAGAGGAGGCGCGAGGGGGGCGGCGGCAGGCACGCGCUCCACCACCACCACGUCCCGCCGGUGCUGCUUGUGCAGCCCAAAACACCCGGUGCUCACCCGCCCGGGUUCGGUGCUUUCCACUUCACCCCGGAACUAUUCACCGACUCCAGACCUCACCACCACCACCACCACCCGAGCCUGGCGGAGAGCUGCACCAGCGACUCCGAGUCCAGCGCCUGCUCGGACCGGGCCUACCCGGAUUCGGAUUUUGGGUCAGGCUUGUCCACCAGCAGCGGAUCCGGCAGUUCCGAUGAAGACUGCGAGGAGGACGAGUCGGACAGCACGGACGUCAGCUCGGACGAGGAGGACAGCUCCUCUCACUCGGACUCCAGCUCUGUCUCGAGUCGGGUUUCAGUGCAGAGUAUUCGGUUCCGGCGGGCCCGGGUCGCAUCUCUUACCAAAACACAGCACACAAGUAAAGCACCUUUGGUCCUGCAGCCCACGUUUCAUUACUCCCACCCAGAGCUACCUAGGCCCCCCUCGCCGAUCAGGUCUGAGGGGUGUUUUUUGGGGGGUUCUUUGACGCACGGAUCUACACAGACAUUUCAUUGUAAUUAUGGUGCUGAAAGUAUUUUUGCUGCUGAGGAACCAAACGGGACCAAGUCCUCAGGUAGAAUCCUGGUCCCGCCCAGCAAGUGUGCUCCCAGACCUCAGUGUGACCCGGACACAAACGCCAAACUCCCCAGAGGUUUCGAUAAAAGCGAACCAAUAACUCUCUAUCUGCCACUGAAAAAUAUCAAAACCGAGGUGGAGGAUCCGACUGUGAACGCACCCCCUUACCCGGACAGCGGCAGGACAGUGAACGCACCACCAUUCAACCAGCACAAUGUAAAAGUGAAGGUGGAGGAGAGCUGCGAUGAAUAUGAAAACCACAUCAGUGCGGUUCAAUGUAAAGCUGAUAAGACAGAGGAUCCCAGCGGUGUCACCAAACAAGGGGAGGGGGUUAAAGCCACAGAAGAGGGAAGCCCUGGUGUGACCCCCGCCUCCUUUGGUGCCUCUCACGACUGGAAGAACGUCCAGGACUCUGAAAAGGGGAACAAAAACUGCAAGGCUUCAGCGCUGGGGAGGAAAUCCAGAGUCCCAAAAACAAAACACAUGGUGAAACGGGUCAGCAAGACUGCAGCUUCGUCUCAAUGCGAGGAGGGCUCGGCUGAAGAAUUACCGAGCAAACGUAAACGCAACAGCAGCUCUGUAGCAGCGAACGGGAAAGUGCCUUUUAGCCUCAUGGCGAUUUUCCCGUCUCCGCCGUCGCUGGUUGUCGGCAGCGACGGGGAUUUGUGUCCUGCUUACUCCCUGAACUCACUGAGGGCCCCCGGGACUCCCCCUCCGUCUCACCCUGUGUGGAGUUGGCAGCCAGGCGGACACAUUCUCCCUCCCCCACCCGUUCACAGGACCAGGAAAUACUGAGUUUUUAAAUCGCAUGUAGCCUGAGUCGCGUGAGUUCGCCACAGGGCUCCUAACUUUUUCUAUUUUCUUUCCUGUGAAUUGGAUUUAUAUGUUUUUAAGAACGGUGGAGUAAACGGAACAUGGGCUCCACUGACCGUGAAGAGUCACACGUGGAUUUGAUCUGAACUCUUUCUCGA